GGACCUGCGCAGUGCGACCGGAUUGGCCGGACAGGGUCACCCUGAAGUUGUAUACGGAGCCGCAAUGCUCACCCGGUUCAUGGGCCCGCGUUACCGGGAACUGGCGAAGAACUGGAUCCCCACCGUGGGCAUGUGGAGUGCUGUAGGUGCUGUGGGGCUGGUGUGGAUGACCGACUGGCGGCUGAUUCUGGACUGGGUGCCUUACAUCAAUGGCAAGUUUAAGAAGGAUGAUUAAUGAAAGCAACCCUCCACGGACCCCUCUGGUGUCUGGUGGUGCUCGCUCUAGCCAUCUCCGUGACUGCUGCAUCAGGAACAGCCCAAGCCCUUAGGAUGGAUCCCGAGGACGUUCAUGGUGCAACUUAAGACUUCUCAUGUUUCUGAAAACUGCUUGGAUGUUUUAACGUGCAUAGCAUUAAAUCUCACUCUGAAACCUGG